AUGUCUGAGCCACCAGCUAAGAAGAUGAGGCUGGGUUUCGAAAACUUUGCCGCUCCACUGAAAGUUACGGUGGGGGGAAGUGAAAAGCAAGAUUUUUAUAUCAAUAAAGAAAAGAUAUGCUUGGAGUCGGAUUUCUUUAAGGCCGCAUGCAAAAAGGAAUGGUCUUCAGGACGGGACAACGUGGUAGAUCUUGAGGACGACCCUGAUGUUUUCGCAAUAUUCCUCGUUUGGCUCACGACUGGCUCGAUCAGCGCCGCAGAGAGCUUGGUCGACAUUCCGGAAUUGCCAAAAGUUCCCGGAUCAAAACGUAAACUGCCAGCCAACAUAAAAUAUGAAUCAUCUCCAGAACCCCCAACAGAUACCGAGCCAACGCCGGGAGAAACGAGGAGACAACUUGCCGUCAAGCUUCAGCAGUAUAGGAUGCGAUUUUUCCAGCUUCUCGAAUGCUACUACCUAGGAGAUUCUCUGCAAGCCGAGAAUUUCCGAAAUUACAUUAUGGACAGGACAGUUGGGCUGCUCAAAUCACGGAACAAGUUCCGAAAUAUGAGCUUUGAGGCUGGCGAGAAAUUCACAGUCUUAGCAUCUCAUCACCUCUCCAUCAUGGAGAUAUAUCAGAGAACCCCACCAAACGCGCCAUUGAGAAAGCUCUUGGUCGAUUAUCAUCUUGAAAUAAUAGGGCAAACACAUGUCAAUGAGGUGGCUCUAGAUAUGGAACACCACCCCCAAGACUACCUUCAAGACUUGAUCUCCCAACUUGCAAAAGGUUAUUACAAUGUCGCCCCCAGAGUCUCUUUCUGUAAUAAACGCCGAUGUACGUAUCAUAACCAUACGAAAGUGCCCAAGGGCUUCGUAUGUGCAGCUACACGACUAUGA